UGAUGUUUCAGUUUAAAAUUUUGCUUCAAGAUCUCAAAACAAUUGCUGCCAUUGAAACAAAAGAAGUUUUUUUUAAUGUUAGAUGCAAUUUUUAGUUAAAACUUUACAAAAUUCAGGAAAAGGCAUAUUUAUGUCUUUUUACGCCGUGGCCCGUGGUCACAAUGUAGGGAUAUAUGACAGCUGGGCGAAGUGUGAGGAGCAGGUAAGAGGCUUUAAAGGUGCCAAGUAUAAGAAAUUCAAGUCAAAAUCUGAAGCGGAAGAUUUUGUUAAAAAUUUGAACGGGUUGGUUGCUACAAAUAUAACAAGUCCUACGCCGAAAGACUUUUGGCCUGAUGAUGAAACUUUUGAGUUAAAUUCACUGGAAGAUUCAGAGCUGCUUGCUGCUGCUAGUGCUCUGGAAUCUAGUAAUAAAAGAAAGAGAGAUGCGCCUGAUGAACUUGGGACAAAAAAGAAAAAAUACCCUGAGCAUGUUUCGAACUUUUGGAAACCAGUCGGUAAAAUGAUAUUUAAGGAACAUUCCUUUGAAAUUGAUUCCGAGGGAUACAUAAUUGUCUACACUGAUGGCUCAUGUAUAAACAAUGGUGGCCCUGAUGCCUGUGCGGGCUUUGGUGUAUAUUUCGGAGAAAACCAUCCAUUAAAUGCCUCGAAGCCAGUCACGGGCCGUGUUACUAACAAUGUAGGAGAAAUUCAAGCGGCUAUUCAUGCUAUUAAUACAGCAAAAUCAUUUGGUAUCGAAAAACUCUGCGUUAGUACGGAUUCUCAGUUUCUUAUUAAUUCGAUAACAAUUUGGAUCAAAGGCUGGAAACAAAAAAAUUGGCGAAAGCAAAACGGGGAACCGGUAAAAAAUUCUAUUGAUUUUAAGGAACUAGAUAAGUUGCUUGCUGACAACAGUAUUCAGGUGAAAUGGAACUAUGUAAAAGGACAUCAUCGUAUUGUUGGGAAUGAAAUGGCGGAUAAAUUGGCAAGGGAAGGAUCUGACACGUACAAACGUAUGAAUAACCGAAAGGAGUAGUUGUUAGUAAAUUAGUAAACUAAUUAAAAUUUUGGUUGAAGAAUAAUGAUAAAAUUUCAUGUUUUAAAUGAUUGCAUAGAAAACAUCUUUGGCAAUGGGGUUUUUUUUAUAUGACGAUGUUUCAAAUAUUGCGUGAUAAAUAAUGUAUUUAAAUUAACAUGUGGAUUAAAAAAUAAAUCUUCCAAUA